GUUUUGGUUUUUCACAUGGAGGGUGAUGAGUGCUCGAGCUCCUUUCCAAUGGGAGAAACUGCCCAAGAGACGGGGUUGUCAACGCACGUACCGGAAUGCUAUGUGAUUCCGACCUCCCAUAGGCCUAGUUUGAAUCCGGAAACCGCAGACGUACCGGUUAUUGACUUAGUUGGGUUUCGAGAUAGCUCCUCGCGGCGGUCUGUAACCGUUAAUGACAUAGGAAAUGCUUGUCGCCGCUAUGGAUUUUUUCAAAUUACAAAUCAUGGAAUUGAUCAAUUUGUGCUGGAUGGAGCUCUUUCUUCGGCCUUCGAUUUUUUCCGCUUGCCCACGGAGGAGAAGUCAAAGUUCAUGUCGAAUGAUGUGCAUAAGCCGGUUAGGUACGGGACAAGCUUGAAGGAUGGAGUCGAUAAGAUUCAGUUUUGGCGAGUAUUUCUUAAACAUUACGCGUAUCCCUUGGAAGACUGGGUUAUGUCAUGGCCUGAGAACCCACCAGCUUAUAGGGAACAAAUGGGAAGAUAUGCUGCGGAAGUGAGGAAAUUAGCCUUGGAAAUUACGGGAGCCAUAACAGAGAGCCUUGGAAUCGGUGCCAAAUACCUCAGCAACAAAAUGGAGGAAGGAAUGCAGGUCAUGGCCGUCAACUGCUACCCGCCGUGCCCCCAACCGGGCCUUGCACUAGGACUUCCGUCUCACUCGGACUACGGUUGCUUAACAAUCCUCCUUCAGAGCACAACCAGCCUAGAAAUCUUGGACACCAAGGAUGGAAAAUGGAGGGCAGUCCCAGAGCUUAAGGGUACCCUACACGUCCAUGUGGGUGACCAUGUUGAGGUGCUAAGCAAUGGGAGGUACAAAAGUGUGGUACAUAGGGCUACCCUUCAUAAAGAGAGGACUAGAAUUUCUAUUGCCAGUCUCCAUAGCUUGGGCAUGGAUGAGAAAAUGGAGACUGCUGAAGAGCUUGUGGAUGAAGAGCAUCCGAAGGGAUAUAAAGAGAGCAGCUUCAGAGAUUUUCUGAAUUUCCUCGCGAAAAAUGAUCUUGCUGAGGGGAAGGGCUUCAUAGAGACACUGAAAAUCCAAUAGCUUCUUAUUGACACUGAAAAUCCAGCAGCUUCAGAG